GUUACAUAUUCCCUGAAUGACCCACCCCUUGUUUACAGCUAUAUACAGUAAUAUAGGAAUAAUAUUGGAGAUUAAGAGUUAAGCACUGACCCAAAUAUGAAGUUACCACUAACCACAGUAUCCAUCGCUCUGGUGCUCCUGGCACUCAUGUGUUGCGCUGAUACCAAGUGCAUCCUGAGUGGGAACUGGACAAAUGACCUGGGCUCUAAUAUGACCAUAUCUGCUGUAGAUAAGGAUGGAGUCUUUACUGGGAUCUACCUGACAUCUGUAUCUGCCACCAAUAAAACAAUUGUAAAGUCACCACUCACUGGAUACCAGCAGCUGUCUGAUCUGCCCACCUUUGGGUUCACAGUGAAAUGGCUAUUCACAGAUUCAGUCACAUCCUGGACCGGUCAGUGUUUCCAAAAUUCCAAAGGACAGAGAAUAUUAAAAACAAUGUGGUUGUUGAGAUUUGCGGUUACAGAUUUUCAGGAUAACUGGAAAGCAACAAGCGUUGGAUACAAUAUUUUUGAGCCAAUAGAUUGAAUUCAAAAGCAAUAACUGAAGAAGUGGCUGAAUCAUAUGUCUCCAAGCAGACUUUUUUUUUAAUCAUUAAUGUCUAAUAAAGAUGUGUAUCAUUAUAAUGUG